AUGGCGGGCUGGGUUUAUAAACCUCCGCCAGAUGAACACAUGAGUUUGAAGGCCACUUGUCUCUGCUGUCUGUCACGUAUGCACAUGCAGGAAGGUCUGUCAGCAUCAGCAUCCUUACUUUUCACCCUGGAGGGCACUGGAGCGCAAAGACAGCUCUUCAUCAUGAGGUCCUUCUUCCUACUGCUCUUCACCCUGUUGUUGGUGUCCCACGGAUCUUCGGCAGUCAUCACAGGGGCCUGUGAGAAGGACUCUCAGUGUGGAGAAGGCAUGUGCUGUGCAGUGAGCUUGUGGAUCCGCAGCCUGCGUAUGUGCACGCCCACGGGCCAGAAAGGAGACGACUGUCACCCUAUGAGCCACAAGGUUCCUUUCAAUGGGAAAAGACUCCACCACACUUGCCCCUGCCUGCCCAACCUGUUGUGUAUCACCACAGAGGAGGGGAGAUCCAAAUGUCACCCACCAUACAGCUAUUCCAAUUACUACCUCUGAGACACUUACAGUUACACUGUUUGCCACUAGCACUGUUCUGCCUUUAA